GCUGUUUGCUGUACUGGGAACGAGCUAUUUGUUAUUAUUGUGUAUUAUAAAUUCUAAAUAGAAGUUCGCCAAAAUGGCGGAUUCUUGCAAGCGUUUUAAGGCAUGCAAAAUUCGCGUUAAUACGCAGUCAACAAAGGGAAAAAAAACUACAAGACAUGUGCGUUUAAAUUCAAAGAACUAUUGCAAGAUUUCUCAGGAGUCAAGUUCGAGUAAGCAGAAGUCUUUCACAACGGGAAUGGAAGAAGAACAUGUUGAUGGUUCAAAUAUCGACGAUAUAAAUAGCAGCCAUGAAAGUGAUGACCAAGCUUUUUCUAGUCUUUCACGAUAUCACUUGCGCCGGGUGAAAGAGUAUCACAGUUGGGAAGAUGUGAGGGGGUCUCUUUUGCAAGCACGCAUUGAGGAAGAAGCUUUUUGUGACUAAAGUAUAAUGUGCAUCGAGUGCCAUAACAACUUCGCUGUUUGUCGCUGCGUGGAUUGUGGUCCUAGACAGUUGUUUUGCAUCAACUGCGCGAAAACUAUCCAUGUUGCUUAUUUUCUCAGGAUGGUUGUUUUGUUCCUUUAUUUGUUAAUCAUGGUGUUUUGACUCUUGAUCACCAAAGAAAUUGUCCAACUGCACAAGCACAAAACAUUAUUUGUAUUGAUGAAAAAGGGCAUCAACACUUGAAAUGGAUCAACUUUUGUAACUGUGAAGAUGCUGCAGUUACACUUGUAAAGUUCCAAUUAUGGCCAGGAUCAGCUGUUAGACCUCAGGUUGCAUUUCAUUUUAAGUUGGUUACACUUGCUGAGACACUUCUAUUGGAAUGCCAUGUAUCGUUAAAGAAAUUUUGUGAUGUGUUGGGCCUCAAUAAGUCCAAUAUGCUUCCUGUUUGGGUUAAGAAUCUGUAUAAAAUAUUGAAUGAUGAUUCUUUUGAUGAAUUUAGAUAUCACCAACAUUUGUUCAAAACAAUGAAACAAUUUGUCUUGCAACAAAAACCUGACAAUGUUUGCCCGUUAUGUCCUUUGCAGAGUGAAACUGAUACUGACAAGAAUGUUGCCAUUGAGUGCAUGGAUGGAUGUUUUGGGCUUGUGAGAAAAAAGUCUGCUGGUGCGAAUCUUUUACCUGCCAGACACAAUGGUACAUUUUUUGCCAAUCAGGAUGAUGUCGAUAGCUUUGUUGAUGACAACUCAAAGAAGGCAAAGCAAGCCCCUACUGAUUGCAAUGAAUUUAAAUCUGGUGAGGUUAGUAACAUGUUACGAUCCAAAGGAAGAAAUAAGCUUUUUGACGAGAAGGGAGUGUUUGGUAGAGUAUGCAGACAUGAAUACCCAAGGGGAUUUAUGAGUAUCAAACAUGGAGAAAGGAUAGCAUAUUCAGUGUAUGAGGUUAAAAAGCUUCUGUGUCAUUAUGAUGAGGAUACUGAUGUUAAAAUAAUGUAUGACAUUGCAUGUACUUUGUCUGCCCACCUAAAGAAAAACGAAGAGCAUACCAUUCUUGGACGCAUUGACUUGGCAAUUCCUGUUUUCCAUGCAUAUGGACAUAAAUCUUCUUGCCAGGUUGCUUUUGGUCCUAGAAGAAAGGAGGGAUUUGGCCUUACUGACGGUGAAGGAAUUGAAAGACUUUGGUCUUACCUCAGAGGAUUUUCAUCAAUGACAAAGGAAAUGACAGCUGGUCGAAGGGUUGACGUAUUAACAGAUGCGCUUCUUCACCAUGCAAGACAUCGUCUUCUACAGUUUGGUCCGGCAUUGUUGUCUAAAAUGCAAAAAACAAAGAAACUAAUGGAAAACUCAGUAGUACAGUUGGAGGAGAUCUUUUCAGAUUUAAAAGUUUCCUAUGGUACUGAUGUAAUUAACUCUUGGAUGAAAGCAGAAGAGAAAUGUUGUUAA